AGAAAGCUCAGAGCAGAUGACUGGCUGAGAACAGAAGGUGUGGUUUGGCCACGCCCUGUGUUAACAGAAGGUGUCUUGCAGCAAGGUACACAGAUGUUGAAAUCCACUGCUAUCCCGUGGAGGCCUUGACAGAGGAUUUGUAAGGGAACCUUGUUGCCUCGCCAGCCUCUGCCCACCAUGACUGCCACCCAGCCUGGCUUGCCAGGAGCUUACCUGGAACCGCAGAUGGGGCCCACCCCUGUCUCGGACUCGGAUUCGGAUUCUGACGGCCCGGUUUCUAGCAACCCCAGGCCCAAUGCUGGCUCUGAAGCCAGAUGCCAAGUGAUCCACAGCGGGCACUUCAUGGUGUCCUCCCCGCACAGUGACUCGGUGCCCCGUCGACGCCACCGUGGGACUGAGCCGGAGGUCCCCGAUCCCCGAAGCAUCGACCCCACUAUCACGCGACUCUUUGAGUGCAUGACCCUGGCAUAUAGUGACAACCUGGUGUCACCCAAAUGGAAGAAUUUCAAGGGGCUGCGUCUUCUCUGCCGGGACAAAAUUCGUCUCAAUAAUGCCAUUUGGAGAGCCUGGUACAUCCAAUAUGUGGAACGCCGGAAGAGCCCCGUGUGCGGAUUUGUCACCCCUCUGGAUGGCUCAGAUGAGCACAGGAAACCAGAAGCCGUUGUGCUAGAGGGGAAAUAUUGGAAGCGACGGAUCGAGGUGGUGAUGAAGGAGUAUCACAAGUGGCGCAUCUACUACAAGAAGCGGCUCCGCAAAUCCAGCCGAGAUUGGGAGGCCCCCAGCCCAAAGCAGGAUGACAGGACCUGGAAGCCGCUAGAAAACUGGUGUGACCAGCUCUUCUCCAACGUGGUCCCCAUGCUGUUGAGAGACAAGGAGGAGGAGCCUGAAGGGAGGCAGCUCUUUGAUCUGGACUGCUUUCUCUCGGACAUCUCUGACACCCUCUUCACAAUGACCCAGACCCCCUGUCCUCCUCAGCCGCUGGCGGAGGAAGCCUAUACUGGCAAUGCUGACAUGAUCCAGCCAUACCUGGCCCCACUGCAGCCAAAUCUUGAUGAGUUCAUGGAGAUAUCUGAUUUCUUCUCCAGUCCACGGCCGCUGUCAGCACACCCGUCCCUGAGCUACCAGGAGCCGUCCUGCUUUGUGCCUGUGCCGGAGUCCCUGUACAGUGGUAGCAGCGACUUACUGCCCAGUCCAGCUGAAACCCUGCUCCCCCAGGGCACUGCCAACUCCUCCAUCCUGCCCAGCACCCGCCUCCAGCCUUCAGGUGCCUGCUCAGCCCAGCUGGAUUUACCCAGCCCCUUCCUCAGCCCUGAACUCCCCCCAAAUCCCCCACCUUCAGCCCCCACCAAUGGCCUUGGCCCUGACCUGAAACAGAAGCCUGUCCUGCCCUAUGCCUUUCCCGGGAAGUGGCUGAGCCCAGAACCCUAUGGGUCUUUCUGCCCAACCCUGCCAAAUACCCCGAUACUGUGCCAGGACCUGGCGUGCUCAGCUCCCUCGGCACCUUCCUCCAAAUUCCACUAUCCACCCUCCACGUUGCAUUCCACACCAUGUUUUCCCCAAAACAUGUCAAUGCCAGGCUACAGCAUGGAGCUGUCUUCUGGGUACCACGUUCCUUUUGGUGCCCUGCAUGUGCAGGCUGGCACAGCUAAUAGCCCCAUGUUUGGCACUGCCAGAGGACACUCACAGUCUGGGAGCAACAGGCCCAAGGCGAAGGCCAUCAGCUCCAAGAGCAAGAGACCCGCAGGGCUCCCCACACCUCCAGCUGCACCAAACCCUUGCUUGACACAGCUGCUGACUGCAGCUAAACCAGAGCCGAGCAUGGAAACUCUGCCUGCUCCCAAUCCUGCCUUCAUCCCCACAGUGCCAGAAUCCAUGCAAAGCAGUGUCUGCGAAGGACCUGCCGCCUUCCUGCCCAGAAUGACCCAGAUCAGCCCCCGACUCUCGCCUGUCUCCAACCCCUCGCAGCCAGCUCCAAUCACGCCACCACCACCAGGACCCCUGGUGGUCCCCAAGACAGAGAGGCUCUCCCCUACACCAGUGUGUGGCAAUAAUCGAAAGAUGUCGGGGCAGGGUUCCCCAGUGACCACUGAGGGACUGAGUUUCAAGAUUUCUCCCCCUCAUUACUCAUCCACCCGGAACAGACCAGAACCAGGCAAGACAGAGAGCCGCCGGAUCACCCACAUCUCUGCAGAGCAGAAGCGCCGUUUCAACAUUAAGCUCGGCUUUGAUACGCUACACAGCUUGGUCAGCACCUUGAGUUCUCAGCCCAGUCUCAAGGUCAGCAAAGCCACCACCCUGCAGAAGACAGCAGAAUACAUCUGCAAGCUGCAACAGGAGCGAGCCACCCUGCAGGAAGAGGCCCAGCGCCUACGGGAUCAGAUCGAAGAGCUGAAUGCCACUAUCAACCUGUGCCAGCAGCAGCUGCCUGCCACGGGGGUGCCCAUCACCCGCCAGCGUUUUGACCAGAUGCGAGACAUGUUUGAUCAGUAUGUGCGUUCGUGCACCUUGCGGAACUGGAAGUUCUGGGUUUUCAGCAUCAUCAUGAGACCCCUAUUUGAGUCCUUCAAUGGGAUGGUUUCCACCAGCAGCAUGGACAGCCUCAGUCAGACAUCCUUGGCCUGGCUGGACCAGUACUGCUCUCUCCCAGCUCUCCGUCCAACCGUCCUGGGCUCCCUCCGCCAGCUGAGCGUUUCCACUUCGAUCCUGAGCAACCCAGCAGGCAUCCCCGAACAGGCCACCCAGGCAGUGACGAGCACAGUCCCCAACCACAGCUCCUCCUAGCUCCAGACUCCUAAUGUGAAUCAGAGAGAGGAGCUGCAAUGGCCACAGCAAGACAGAGCCUUCGCCCCUGCAGAAGAACUGUUUGUGCAGAAAGGAUGCCUGGAAGAGUCGCCCCCUGCUGGAUGGGGCUGGGCAUUGACCUGGAAGGGACCUUCACAGCAGCUUCUUCAUCUGAACUGUCUUGUUCUUCUGAACCGUCUUGUUCCUGACUCUCUGGAAAUCACUGUGUAUGGCUGGGUGGAAACCGCAACCCCCCUGCUGGCCAUCUCAUCUCGCUGACGUCUUUUACGUAACCUUUCCUGUGACUUGCCUAAGAGUCCAGAGGGGCCUAGAAUGUGGGGUGGGGGGGGUAUGCUUGCCUGGAGCUCCCUUCACUUGCACCAUUUUCUGGGAACGAGGUGGUGUCGGUGGCCCUUGUUCACUAGAUAAUCUCUGCUGCCUUCAGCCAGAGCUGUGCCAAGAUUACUGCCCUGCGUGCUUUUACCCCACAUUUCAAAAGUGUUACAGGAGGCAAAGCCAGUGCCUCUGCUAAAAAGAACAUUCUGUGUGCUGGCUUCGCCCCAUCAUCAUAUUAGAACUGUCACAGCAGUCAACCUGGGGAGAAAGACUGAAGUCUGGGGAGGGAGAAUCCACAGGGUACGUAGUCUUACUCCUGAAAGGUUUGUCUGGAAGACUGCAAGCUCAGGGUGUUCCUAGACUUUCAGAGAUGCCUCUUAUCUAGCACAGAGAGGAGGACAAACAGUCCAGGAUACUGUUUUGCUCUUUCUGCUUCUUCGAGCAGCAGAAAAUUCCAGAAGCCAAUUUUACAAGUUUUGCAAUAAACUAUUUACAAAUGUA